AUGCCUAAGAACAAGGGCAAGGGAGGCAAGAACCGGAGAAGAGGAAAGAACGAGAGCGACAAAGAGAAGCGCGAACUCGUCUUCAAGGAAGAGGGCCAGGAGUACGCGCAGGUGGUCAAGAUGCUCGGUAACGGGCGACUAGAGGCGCAGUGCUUCGACGGCGAGAAGCGGCUGGCGCACAUCCGCGGCAAGCUGCGCAAGAAGGUCUGGAUCAACCAGGGCGACAUCAUCUUGCUCUCCCUGCGCGAGUACCAGGACGAGAAGGGCGAUGUCAUCAUGAAGUACGCGCCCGACGAGGCUCGCAGCCUCAAGGCUUACGGCGAGCUUCCUGAUACGGCCAAGAUCAACGAGACUGAGACGUACGGCGGCGAAGGCGACGAGGGUGGCAUCGGCUUCGAGUUCGAUGAGGACCGCUCCAGCGACGAGGAAAACAUCAAGGAGGCCGAUAUCGACGAGAUCUAA